AGGAGAGAGAGGGAGGAUUGUUUCUUUCUCUGGAUGCCAGCACCACCAGCACCACCACCACCACCAGCAGCAGCAGCAGCAGCAGCAGCAGCUCGGAUCCGGACGAGAGGUGACCGGGGCUGGGGGGUGAAGUUGUGUGUGUGAGCGCGCGCGUUUUUGUGUGUGUGUGUGUGUGUGUGUGAGAGUGUGCGUUGUGCGUCUGGCGAAGAGACUGCAGGAGCAGGAGAGAGGCUCAACUUGCUCCCUCUCUGCGCCGCUCUGCCCAGGCAUCUGGCGUGGUGACAUGUGAAGAGGCUUGAAGUAUGGCAUGCAAAGAUGGUUUCUGCCAAGAAGAAGGAGACGGUGACAGCGAUGCGCCCGGCUUUUAUUCGGACCCUCUUCUACUUUUUCUGUUUGGCGACUUGUGUAAAGAAAAUCUCUGGACAGACAAGGAAGGAUGAAAGGAUCUAUCCGGAGAAUUUUACUCGCAUUUUGGACCGACUUCUGGACGGCUAUGACAACAGGCUGCGACCUGGAUUCGGGGGUCCUGUGACUGAAGUCAAGACCGACAUUUAUGUGACAAGUUUUGGGCCUGUCUCAGAUGUUGAAAUGGAGUACACAAUGGACGUAUUCUUUCGACAGACGUGGGUGGACCGGAGGUUGAUGUACGAGGGCCCGAUAGAGAUUUUGAGGCUGAACAACCUGAUGGUGACUAAAGUGUGGACACCAGACACCUUCUUCAGGAAUGGCAAGAAGUCAGUCGUUCACAACAUGACGGCCCCCAACAAGCUUUUCCGCAUCAUGAAGAAUGGCACCAUUCUCUACACCAUGAGGUUGACUAUUAGUGCCGAGUGUCCCAUGAAGCUCGUGGACUUCCCCAUGGAUGGACAUGCGUGCCCCCUCAAGUUUGGAAGCUAUGCCUAUCCUAAAACAGAGAUGAUCUAUACUUGGACCAAAGGGCCUCAGCAUUCAGUGGAGGUCCCUCCUGAGUCCUCCAGCCUCGUUCAGUAUGAUCUCAUCGGCCAGACGGUCUCCAGUGAAACGAUUAAAUCCAUCACAGGUGAAUAUGUGGUGAUGACGGUCUACUUCCACUUGAAACGUAAAAUGGGCUACUUCAUGAUUCAGACGUAUAUCCCCUGCAUAAUGACAGUAAUCCUCUCCCAAGUGUCCUUCUGGAUAAAUAAAGAAUCGGUCCCGGCACGCACAGUCUUCGGCAUCACCACUGUCCUGACCAUGACGACACUCAGUAUCAGCGCUCGCCAUUCCCUUCCCAAGGUCUCAUACGCCACUGCGAUGGACUGGUUCAUCGCUGUCUGCUUCGCCUUCGUCUUCUCUGCCCUCAUUGAGUUCGCCGCUGUAAACUACUUCACCAACGCACAGAUUGAGCGGGCCAAAAAGAAGCCGGCCAAAUGUCCCCCGGUGCCCCGAACCACACCUGUCAAGGUCAAGGACACAGAGGAAGCGCUGCAGAAUCCUGAUACCAACGGUAACCUGAGAAAGCGGAUGAAUUAUAUUUCCCAGCAAGAGUCCAGCAGUCACCAGAAAGCCCAGUCCACCACCAACAUUUCGGGAGUGGGAAGAGCGAGAGCGCUACGACCUUUAGCCAGUGGAGCCAACGGUAGCUCCUCCACCCUCUCCCGCUCCAGCCCCAAAUCUGAGAGCCUGCUCAGCGUGGCCUCCUCCUCUGCCCAGCUGGUGAAGAGUACUCCCCAGGCUGCAGCUUCCACACCAGACGUGAUGGCAGGGACGCCGUGCAAGCAGAACGCCAGCGCCACGUCUCUGCAGCAUCUGCUGGGGCCCAAGCUGGAGCGCAUCCAGAUGAUGGGGAACAAACUGGAGCUAAAGCAGACGCCGUGCUCCCAGCCCACCACGGCUGGUAUGGGUGGAACCAGCAAAAUUGACAAGUAUGCACGAAUCCUGUUCCCAGUGUCCUUCGGGGCUUUUAAUAUGGUCUACUGGGUGGUUUACUUAUCAAAGGACACAGUGGUGGCUAAAGGUGGCUAGACUUUGCUCUAGCAACAAGAGUGAAGACUCAUUUCUUUUAACAGAUCUGAAGCAAAUAAGGAUUAUGGGAGCUGUAAACAAUAAAAGGAAACUAUUGUUCUUGCCAAACAGAUAAACAAAAAUGUGCUCGCCAAGCACUUCCAUAUCCUGGAGAACACACUCAGAAUACAUUUAUUUUUUUCUUCCUAAGGUCCUCGAACAGCAAGCAUAGGAACAAAUCAAACAAAUUAGAAAUAUCUGACUCAACAGAAGAAAGAACACCUGCGCACUGGAAUAUGCUACUGUCCUCUUUAUAUCAUGCUACAUCUGACUGUGAAGGUCUUCAUUGGCUUCAACUGCCUCAUGAUCCCUUUGGCCUGCAGUCAAGAUAAAGCAUGGGAUUUUUUCAUUUUCCUAUUUUUGUACCCUGCACCUGGCAAGAUGUGUGUACCACCGUCCUGAAAUGAACUGCACCGACGCUAUGUAAAUAUAUACAUUUAUUAGGAUAAAUGGAUUUAUAUUUAAUGAUUAAUGUGCACUUCAAUUUGAAUAUUAAGAUUUGUUGCUUUGGUGCAAGCAGGUUAGAUAAUGGAAAGUUAAAUUAUUUGAGAGAACAAAGGGACUCUGGUAGUGGUUUCUAGGGGAAAACUAUAAUUCCUGAACACUGGUCAAAUGACUAAACUAAAAUGAAAUAGAUAGGUUUUGGUCAGAAUGAAAGUCAUCAAACCAGGCUGAGUGGAGCUUUGGCCGGGACCUGAUCAGCCCUGAAAAGCCUCUCUUGUACACUACCUACUUGCAACGCAUCUUUCUUAUACAAGAUGGAUUAACUAAUCUGGAAAUACUGAAUAUGAAAUUUGGGGAUCAGUCGGGCAGAAAGUAGUAAAGACAAGUUAUUAAUUCAUGGAACAGUAGGAUUUAAGCUUCUUUCCUGCUGUAAUGGGUUGGCAAAUAGUAGACAAAGAUUGUGCAAGUGAUUAAAAUACAUUGCAUGAAGAAAUAGAUGGAACAGAAAGUAAAGCCAUUUGUCAGUAGAUCACUGCAGCAAUAAAAUAGUGAUUGGUUGUUUGUUUAGGGUCGUUUUGGGAUGUACAAUAAAGGAAUGUGACUGAACUGUUCAACGGCUGCUCCAGCGGAGAGACACAGGACACAGACACUGCUGUCAUCCACGUCCUUAAAUUGUUUCUAACAGAUGUGACUGACAAUUAGCCUGCUUCAGGUGUUUCCAUACCCUUUCAGUUUUCACACACAUUACAUAACACAUAACAUUAUUUCACUGCAUUUCAUGGUGUUAAACCUGGGAAAUUACUGGAUAAGGUCUAUGGAGCAGAGCCCAAGCUGUGUUGUUAUUAAAGCUGUAGUGGAGCCUGAUCUCACCGGACACAUUUUUAAGGUUGGGAAAGGAAAGGGUACCUUGUUUUUAAAAAAAAAAAAGAAGCAUAAACUAGAACAGCCCACUGAAUUUUAUUUUUCAGGCAACCCCAGAGGUAGCUGAUGUGCAGCUGUCAGUCAUUCAUUCAGUCGCUGUUAAUUGUGCCAGCUAGAGUUAGAGUAAUAGGAUUUUGUAGCUACACUAUAUUACCAGCAAGGAAAAUUCCUAAUAAAAGCCUGAGUACAGCU